AUGGCACAACGAAUGCCUGCAAUUGUGAUUGAUAAUGGUACCGGGUACACCAAAAUGGGCUAUGCCGGGAACAGGGACCCACAGUUUAUUAUUCCGUCGUCGAUUGCGAUCAAGGAAACAUCAAAAGUAGGCGAUCAGGCGAACCGGCGGCUUGCUCGCGGUGUCGACGAUCUGGACUUUUUCAUCGGCGAUGAGGCGCUCGAUGCUACCGGAUACUCUGUCAAGUACCCGAUUCGGCACGGAAUUGUCGAAGAUUGGGAUCUGAUGGAGCGCUACUGGGAGCAGUGCAUCUUCAAGUACCUGCGCUCUGAGCCAGAGGACCACUACUUUCUGCUCACCGAGCCACCGCUGAACACGCCGGAGAAUCGCGAGUACACUGCCGAAAUUAUGUUUGAGACCUUCAACGUGCCUGGCCUGUACAUUGCCGUGCAGGCGGUUCUGGCGCUGGCCGCCUCCUGGAUCUCCCGGCAGCAGGGCGAGCGGACGCUUACCGGCAUCGUCAUCGACUCGGGCGACGGCGUCACUCACUGUAUCCCUGUGGCGGAGGGGUACGUCAUCGGAAGUUGCAUCAAACACAUUCCGAUUGCCGGCCGCAACAUUACCUACUUCAUUCAGAAUCUUCUUCGUGAGCGUGAGUUCGGCAUUCCACCGGAGCAGUCGCUGGAGACGGCCAAGGCCAUCAAGGAGCGCCACUGCUACAUCUGUCCGGACAUUGCAAAGGAGUUUGAGAAGUACGACAAGAACCCCUCAAAGUGGAUCAAAAAGUACACCGGAACUAAUGGCAUCACCAAGCAGCCUUUCGAGGUGGACGUCGGCUUUGAGCGCUUCCUCGGGCCCGAAGUGUUCUUUAACCCGGAAAUAGCCAACCCUGAUUUUGUCACUUCACUCUCCGACAUUGUCGACACAUGUAUUCAGAACUGUCCGAUCGAUGUGCGUCGUCCGCUGUACAAGAACAUUGUCCUCUCCGGUGGCUCUACCAUGUUCAAGGACUUUGACCGCCGACUGCAGCGUGACAUUCAGAGAACCGUCAGCGGGCGAAUGAAGCUGAGCAACCAGCUAAGCCAGGGGCGCCUCAAUCCGACGCCCAUUGAGGUGCAGGUGGUGUCGCAUCACAUGCAGCGCUACGCAGUCUGGUUUGGCGGCUCGAUGCUUGCCUCCACGCCGGAGUUCUACUCGGUCUGCCACUCGAAGGCCUCCUACGAGGAGUACGGACCUAGUAUCUGCCGCCACAACCCCGUCUUUGGAACGAUGACCUAG